AUGGAGGAACACGAAGAUGCUCAAUACUGUUUUCCAGACCAAAACUCUUCUUGCARAAAGGUUUUGCUAUCGACAUCUAUUUACAUAACACUGUACAUCUUCAUCUCAUUGAUUUCAGCGGUUACRGUAUUUUUGAACGUACUGGUGAUCAUCUCCGUCUCUCACUUCAAGAAGCUCCACACUCCAACCAACCUGCUCAUCCUCUCUUUGGCUGUGGCAGAUCUCCUGGUGGGACUGAUUGUGAUACCAGUAGUGGCUGUAACAGUAAUGGAAUCAUGCUGGUUUUAUGGGAAAUAUUUCUGUGUGAUUUCUCUCUAUAUCAAUUAUUUAUGUCUCUCUUUAUCUCUGGGCAAUUUGAUCUUGAUAUCUAUUGACCGCUAUGUUGCUGUGUGUGAUCCCUUGAUGUAUCACUCAAAAAUAACAAUAACAAGAAUAAUUGGUUGUAUAUCAAUUACCUGGUGUUGUUGUAUCAUAUACAAUGCUGUUAUUUUAAAUAACUAUGUUAAUAUAAAUGUACCCAGACAGUGUUUGGAAGAAUGUUUUGUUGUUGAAGGAUUUAACUGGAGGAGCAUCAUUGACCUUCUAUUUACAAGUGUUAUCCCGUGCUCUAUUAUUAUAACACUUUAUUUGAAAAUAUUUGUGGUCGCCAGAUCACAGKCCAGAAAGGUAUUUUCAAAAGAGGCUGCCACCAAAUCUGGUGUUAAAACUGUACAGGUGAAUAAGACUGAGAGAAAAGCAGCAAAAACUCUAUCUAUUGUAGUUUUCACCUAUCUCACUUGUUGGAUUCCAAUAUUUUUUAUCCAGUUUUUUUCUCAGCAAUCAUCAGUUUACUUAAGCUUUCUGCCAUUUSUUAAUUCCUUAACUAAUCCAAUCAUUUAUGCUUUAUUUUAUCCAUGGUUCAAAGUGACAGCUAAACAUAUUUUAACUCUGAAGUUAAGGCUGUCAUAG